AACAGACAUCCCUAUCGAUCGCUUUCUAGCUGGAGCCAAAACCUGCGUGCACUCAGCUUCCUCGAUAUGGAUCCUUCUCAUUCUACAAGCUUCAGUCAAUGGGCGGUUCCAUCAGAGCCGCCACGUCGUCCAGCUGGCAAGUCGCCUUUCGGUUCUUGGCACAACGGACACAAUGGUGGACAGAGAUCUCAAUAUCCUUCUCAAUUCGGCAACGGAUUCGAUAUGCCAUCUGUCUAUGAAGAAUCCUAUCAUCCGAUUAUCCCUCUGAACCAUCGGUUCGACAAACAAGUGCAGCAUUCUGUAGAUGAUGUCUGGGCGCACAACACCAGCUCUGCUACAAUAAGUGACAUCAACCCUACGGCCUCAAAGGGACCUUCUUUCGCAAACAUAUUGCAGGCGGAUGAUCGUGAAAAGGCUCCAGAAUCCACGGAAGAGCCAUCAACCGCCAGGAGAAAGGCAUCCCGUCGAGGUCGCAUUCACCCACGGAUCCAUCCUAAUGAGUGGAAGAAGUACAAAGAUUGUCUUGAGAAUCUGUAUAUCGAGAAACAAAUGACUACAGUAAAGAUCAAGGAUCAUAUGAAGGCUAAAUUUGAUUUUGAUGCUUCUAAACAGCAAUACAAGAACAAGUUUUCCGAGUGGGUAUUUUCGAAGACAUUGAGAAAAGAUGGCCCACCCGAGGAAUUUGCAGCUGCUACCCCAAUAGGUGUAUCAUACUCGACUCCAGCAACUUUUGAGAUGGUUGCAACGCCAGUCAACGUCAAAAGCGUGCCGUCUCGUCCACCUGAGCCGAGCAACUCACAGCCAAAACCCGAUGCCGAAGAACAAGAUCCCUCUCUUUUUCAUCUUCGAUCGACAUGGAAAGGAUACACUUUAUUGGAUGCGGAGAACAUGGUCACUGAGGCUGAGGCAUUUGAUGAUCUUGGAAAGUUUGAGGAAGCAGAGCACAAGUUUCUUGAAGCCUUGGCAGGAUUCGAAAGCCUUAUCUCGCCUUCCAAUGAGAGAACGGUGUCUCUGGCGUACCGAGUAGCCGAAUUCUACGCCAAAAACGUUCGUAUGCACGAAGCAGAUGAAAUCCUUGAAAGGGCGGUCGAAUACCUCCAGGAUCCUCCAGUCAAGGAUCAUCAAGUUCGAGAAGGAGGUCAAAACACUCGUCCGACGGUGUCACAGAAACGGACAUUUAUUUCUCUUUCCUUGACCGAUAGUACCUCCGAGUCGGAUAUUGGGGACAAGCCCCAGUCGCUCGGAUUCCAACUCAUGCUGAACAAAGUGCGAGUGCGGGCCAGAGAAGAAGAGGCGGAACCCAUACUUCUUGAUUUGAUCAAACAAUGUGAAAAGUACCAGGGCGGAUUCUCUCUCGAGAUUGUCAAAGCACGUAGUGCGCUGUUGGACCUAUAUACAGAACUCGACAACCUGGAACAGUUCCGACUAGCACUCAAGGAUUCGAGGUCAUGUGUGUUGGCAAUCUUGAAGAAGAAAAGUAAGGUACCAGCUGAUGUCUCUUUAUUGCAAGAAAUGAUCGAGCUGGUUGAGCAUUUCAUUCGGGCUGGCCGAUACAAUGACUCCGAGAGCAUGUUCAAGGUCAUUGAAAGGGAAAUUACUACCACUUUCGAGAUAGAUGAGCCGUCAAGUGCGAUUGACUGUUUCGUAGCUAUUGGCAUGGCUUACCAGAGGCACAACAAAUGGAGGUAUGCCCAGCCAAGAUUCGAACAUGCCUUGGCCGUAGCUAUUGGUACCCAAGGCCCUGAAAGUACAAUGGCCCGGAAAUUGGAGGCUGCGCUCGAUAAUCAAUUGUUCUCGAUGGCCGCUCUGCCAAAGAAAGGUUCCACAACGCUCGUGCGUCGCAGACUGAGGAGAUAA